CGUGAAUUUUUGUUUUACAGUUUCAUAUUUGUAUUCCGUUUUCCUGCUGAGAUCAGCAAGGUUGCUAAGAGCUGUCAGAUGACAAGCACUCACAUGACAGCGGUUAAGAAGCUUUGGCAAGAAGUUGUUGGAAGUACAGUUGUGUCUUAACAAAACAUCGAUUGAUGGCGUGAAAAAAAGGGCGGAAGUGCGUUCUGUGGAAAGACGAAAGAUGGGCAGAAUGGAGAAUUAAUUAAUUAAGUGCCAUUAGCUGUACUGUGAUGUUGCGGCUGCUUGAAUUAAGCCUGUUCAAGCAUCAUGAAGAAAGACAGGGACCAAAAAGACGAACGAUUACCUGUGUCAAAUAAAUAUUCUGCAGGCAGCUGGUCACCUGCGGAGUUUGAAAUAAGCCAGAUUCGAUUGAUUAUUUACCAGGAUUGUGAGAGGAGGGGCCGACAUGUAUUGUUUGAUUCUAAAGCGGUUCGUAAGGUCAACGAGACCACUGUACAGAAAAACACAGAUGAUCUGUCAAAACCAUACGGGAGGUACGGACACCUGGGGGCCUCUGGUCCCUGCAGCGGCACAUCCUCACAGAAUUCCUCUUCUGCUGGAGUUUCUAAAACAAAGGAGCAGAUGCCCAGGUAUCAGUAUUCUCGGCCUGCUUCUGAUGUCAACAUGCUGGGAGAAAUGAUGUUCGGCUCCGUGGCAAUGAGUUACAAAGGCUCCACGCUGAAAAUUCAUUACAUACGAUCUCCCCCUCAGCUGAUGAUCAGUAAGGUUUUCUCUGCUAAAAUGGGCAGUGCUGGUGGAAGCUCUAACACGCUGCAAGACAGUUUCGAAUACAUCAACCAGGAAAACACCAGCGGGAAGCCCUGCCCCAGUCAGAACGGCAGUCACUGUCGUGCGGACAGCAACCUGGCUCACAGUACACCUGUUGAUAUGCCAAGCAGAGGCCAAAAUGAAGACCGAGACAGUGGUAUAGCCCGAUCUGCCUCCCUAAGCAGUCUGUUAGCUACACCGUUCCCAUCUCCGAAUUCCUUCUCAUCUUCCAGCUGUGCCAGCAGCUUCCAGCGUCGCUGGUUGCGUAGCCAGACCACUAGUUUGGAACACGGCAUUUUUCCCAGGUGGUCAGCUGAAGAGACGUUCAGCAUGGCAGAUGAGAACUACACUUCCAAUCCUCAGAUGGUCCGAAGGAAGAAGAUUGCCAUCAGUGUGGUUUUCUCUUUGCCUGAGAAGGACGAGGAGAACAGGAAUUUUCAGGAAUUCUUUUUCUCACACUUCCCUCUCUUUGAGACUCACCUGAACAAGCUGAAGAGCUCAAUUGAGAAGGCAAUGAUAACCUGCAGGAAGAUUGCAGAAUCUAGUCAGAGGGUCCAAGUUUACAUCAACCGUGUAAUGGAAGCACUGGGAGAAUUCAGGACAACUAUCUGGAAUCUUUACACUGGGCCAAGGGUCCCAGAGCCUGUGUGGCUCACCAUGAUGUUCAACGCUUCGGAAAAAAGUCGUCUGUGUUGUCGCUUUCUGCAAGAACUUACCACCUCAAUAGAGCAGAUGUCCAGGAAUCAAUUCCUUCCAGCGUUGCUGACUGCUGUGCUCACCUAUCACUUGGCCUGGGUUCCCACCGUGAUGCCAAAUGAUCACCCGCCCGUCAGGACCUUUUACGAGAAGCAAGCCUCACAGAGUGUAGACCUGCUGGGGAAAUCACACCCCUACAAUCCUCUCUGGGCUCAGCUCGGUGACGUGUAUGGUGCGAUUGGCUCUCCUGUUAGACUGAGCCGAACUGUGGUGGUGGGUAAACGUAAGGAACUGGUUCAGCGUCUGUUGUAUGUUCUCACCUACUUCAUACGGUGUUCAGAUCUCCAAGAAAACCAUCUGGAAUCCAAUGAAAUGCCACAGGACAGCCAGACCGAGCUUGCGGGAAACACAAUCACCACAGCUCUGGAGAGGGGAGAAGUAGAAGAAUCUGACUACGUGGUUGUUAGUCUUCACAAGGACGAACCCGCUCCCGUAUCUCCAACCCAAUCCCUGACAAGCUCCGUCAAAACAAAUGGCUGCACUGGGACAGUCACAGCGACAGACAAUCGUGCACAAGUAGCCUUCAAACCUCUGAAAGCUGUUCAGCCAAAGGCCGAGGCUGAUAACUGCAGGAGACAGCCUUCUGUUCAGUGCAGUGAAGCUUCACCGCUUGUGAGUGACAUGGAGGAUGAGGACGUCAACACGUGCAAAGAAGCAGUGCAGCUGGGUCAGGAAGCCAGAAAGGAGGUGUUGACUGUCGUGAAAGGAGCUUCACUGUGCACCGCAGAGAGAAGGAUGCUUUUUGCACCCGAAACAGUCGUCAGUCUAAGUGAACAAUUGCCUGAUUUGAGUGACUCUGCACUGGCUACAGCAGCAGAGGUGGCAAGUAGCCCUCCACUAAAGAACUCUCCCACUUCUGGUCUCAGUUGUCCAGCCAGGCUUGCCCGGAGCAGCCCGCAGCUCCAGCAGAGAGUCUUGUUUCAGAUUGGGUGCUCGCUAUCACCAGAUUCGGACAUUGAAGCGAGAAGGAAAGAUGUUGAAGAGAAAGUGAAGAACUUCAGAGAACAGCGAAGAGGAGAACAAGACAACACUAACUGUCAACUGCAGGAAACUGGUGACAUCUUGGACAGGGACAAAGCCGCCCAGCCUGCUGAGGACCGACUGGGGACAAACAGAGCGGUACAAAGGCUGCGGCCAAGUCCAAGGCUGAGCUUCGAUCAAAUUCCUUCUUAUGAAGGAAGCACAAGCAUUUUUGAUGAAUGUUUCACUGAGGGCAACACCACUAAAACGUACACUGCAGGCAACCUCUCUCGGCACAACAGGAUCGUGAAGGAAACCAUCAAACCUUGCAAAUCCUCGGACGGGGAGAGAGAUGUUCAAAGUGUUGAAACAAACAGGACUUUGUGCGGCAGCGACGCCCAGGCAACCCUUCGGGAGUCCAUUAUUUCUCAUUCUGGAAAUCAGGGCAGGAGAUCAGGUGAUGUCCCCCGCAGGGAAGCUGAAGAUUCUGAGAAGAAAGUUGCCUUCAGGAUAGAAGUGGACAUUCCCAGGAACGUGAGUUCUGACAGUGCCCUCGGCGACAGUGACGAUGAGGAUGCAGCCCACGAACGACCUACGCAGAAGCCAGGCUGCUAUGGUGAGCGGUGGGAAGGCCACAUGGAAGAGUUGGAGCUCCCACUACCAAGCAUCAAAAUGAAUAGCAGACCAAGUCUCAAUAACUUUGGAAGAUCGCUGCUUGGAGGAUACUGUUCUCAAUAUGUGCCAGACUUUGCCUUGCAAGGAAUCAGCUCUGAUGAAAAGCUGAAGCAGUGUCUCAUGGCAGAUUUGGCUCAUGCUGUGCAGCAUCCUGUGUUAGAUGAGCCCAUUGCAGAAUCUGUGUGCAUUAUUGCAGACACGGAUAAGUGGUCAGUCCAAGUGGCUACGAGCCAGAGGAAGGUGAUGGACAGCAAUAAGCUAGGCAAAGAGGUGCUGGUCUCUAACUUGGUGUCCAGCUUGCUCCAAUCCAUUCUUCAACUGUACAAACUGCAGCUGCCACCUGAUUAUUGUGUAAUGCACCUGGAGGACAGACUUCAGGAGCUGUAUUUCAAGAGCAAGAUGCUGUCGGAAUAUCUGAAGGGCCACACGAGAGUGCAUGUAAAGGAACUGGGCGUGGUGCUGGGGAUUGAAUCUAAUGACUUACCUCUGCUGGCUGCUGCAGCAAGUACUCAUUCUCCAUAUGUUGCACAAAUACUUUUAUAAGCUAAAACCUCGGAACAGCCACCUUCUCAAAAGGAGCAAAACAAUUGCAGAGAGUUUGGAAUGGUAUUGAGGUGGAAGACUUGUGUGUUUACACUUAAGGCAUCAACAAUGCAACUCUUACAUAGGAGCAGCACAGUGCCCGUUUGGUAUGUUUCUCUGUGAUGGCGAGCCCAUAAACUUGCAGACAUUUUGUGACAGUGUCUGGGGUGCAUGUCCCUCAGCCGAAACAGGAAAUCCUGCUAUUAGUUCUUUCCAGAUUUUUUUUUAAUGUCACUGAGCAAAGACUGGUGACCUCUUCAAACACUACAAAUGGUUGCAACUAAAGCAUGCGUUUCAUACAAAGUUAAGUUUCCAGUACAGCCCAGGCUGGCACGCCAUGUGGAAUGCUCGCUUCUGUGAUGUGAUUGACUUUGGAGUUAUUUCUGCAAUUGCCUUAACUGGUGAAUGAUGAAGUAUUCUAAAUAUUGUUUGUAGCAUUCCUGCUCAGAAGAGUUUGAAAUUCAUCUACUGACUUUUGCAGGUCCGAAUCGCAAUGCAGUUUUGCAAUUCAGUUUCAAAACACUUCUAUUGAGGUUGGCGGAGGGGACACAGCAAAAAAAUAUUCACAAGCUCUAACAGUCUAUCAGUUUACCGUGUAAGUGGUUUGACAUGAGUUUUUUUGUAAACAUAGCAUAGUCACCUUCAAAAGGACAUGAAAGGCAUAACUACAAAAGGUUUAAGGGACGCCUUUUAAAUGGACUUUGUUUACAGUGCGUUUUGUGCUUGUUGCAAAUCAAUACUGUUCUGUGAAUUGAGAGCAUGUAAAAUUUUGAGGUGCAACUUUUGCCACUGCAACUUUUGCUUUUAAGGGUCAGGGUAUAAAAUUGUAAUCGGCAGAAGCUCAUUUUAAUUAUGCAGCAAAUUCCCAGAUGGAUAACGUGGAAGAGAAGAUCAGAUGUUGAAUGGAAGAAGAAAUUUUGUGUACGUGUGUGUGUUUAUGCCUGCAAUUUUCGUGUGUAAAUGUAUUGUUAGACACCGAUUUCUGCUGGCGAGAGCAGUGUUUAGGUCAACCUGUUACAAAGCAAGUCGGUGAGAUUGUUGCGCCUUUUUAAGAACAACUGGGAGAAUAUUACAUUGAAAGCUCCAGAUACUUCAGGCAGCGAUUUAGCCCAGUGGAUGGUGCUAGAACCUCGUCCAAUGAGUGCAAGUUUAGUGAGCGAGUGCAGUGAGUUUACAGUCUGUGUGUGUACUCCUAACCAACGAGCCCCAUUGUGAAAUAAUAUACCACACCCUAAUCAAUGUGGUUUAUUACCUUAAUCUUAGAAGGAAGAUGACCUGCUUUCGUGUUUUUUUUUCUCCAAAGGUUUAAUUUCUAAUGUACAGAAGCACUACAAACAAUCUUUAUUUUUAUUAUUUAAAAUUAAGUAACCAGCCCAAUUUCACCCACUUACAAACUUUAUACCUGUUGCAUAGAGAUCAUAGAAUGUCCCAUUUUUCUCUCCUUGGCAACAUUGGCCAAAGGAGAAGGCACUUGGCUGCACAAAUGGACAUUCCCUUCUAAGAGACGAUCAGUGAAAAAUUCUUCAUACAGUGCCUUUGUGCUCUGACCGCCUCUAUUGCUGCACAUCAACAACGUUGCCACGUACACAGUCAGAGCUACAUGCAACUUUUUUGUCCCUUGUUUCUGUACAAUACUAUUGUUGUUUCAAGAAAGCGUAACUUUUUUUUCUUAAAUACAAGUGCUUCUUGAUUGUUUAUAAAUAUAUCUCAAAACUUUGAGCAAAGUUCCCAAUUGGCCUAUUUUGAUACAUUUUAAGCCCUGGAGGAAUUUUUAAAUAUCAUUAUUGUUUACGUAAACAAACUAACCUUGUGAAAGUAGCGAGAGCGUUUAUUCUUAAGAGAAACCCUCCUUUAAUUGCUAGUUGUGUAACUUUGUAAAACAAUGUAACAUUUAACCA